ACAAUCUGGGCGUCAAUUCAUUCUGUCGCCAUCCCUUCAUCCGCACAAAACAAAACAUUACUCGUUGACUACAGUACUCAUUUCUUGUAGUUCUUAAGAAAAGGAUUUCUAUUUUUUUUUUGUGUAUCGUAGGUCACUAUAAAAAUGCAUUCCGGGACUUUGGAAAGAAUCGGGUCGCCCAUAAAAAGGACGCUUUCUCGGGGAGUGAGUGAGGACGAGUCACUUCGCAACAUUAUCAAAGAGACGGAGAGUUCGGCCAGGCGUCUGACACGCAGUGAGAGCAGAGGGGGAACCCUCAAGAGGAGAAGUGGGAGUCAGCAGUCUGAGGAUCAGGAACUAAUGAUGGAACUCCCUGAGAUGCUUGAUCUGCAGGCGAGCUACGACGAUGUGUUGCAAGAGCUCCGUGGGCUGGAGCUGCAGCGGGAGACUGUGUUGUUCCAGGUGGACGUUCUGCACGACGCCCUGGAGGGGGCCGAGGAGAUGCUGGCCGAGGCUCAGAGAGAGGCCAGCCAUGCCACCAUGGAGUUGGAGCAAGAGAGAGAAGCCAAGAGGAAGUUGGAGGACAUGGUCAGCUCUCUGAUGCAGGAGGUGGAGAGGCUAAAAGAGGAGAGGAAGACCAUUCCAGCAGUACCAGUGUACACACUCGUCAAGGAGCAGGAGAGGGAGGAGGAGAUGGCUAGACAACAAGCACAAGAGAUGAAAAUAAAAAAAGAAACACAGGAACAAGUCAGUGAUGCAACAAGGGAUGAGGACAAUUCUACCAAAGAUGCGCCUCUCUCUAUUAUCCGAUUGGACAGUGAGAGCCCCGGGCCCAACAACGGACUACCAUUGGAGACCAGCGUUGGGGGGCUGCUCGCCGCCUCCUUCAAAAAGGAGAGGGGGGAGCAGCCCUCUGACAGUCCAAACCGGCCCCUUCCUCUCCACGUCGCCCGGCUGUGGUCCUCUGUGGACUCUGAGGACAUAGAAGAAGGGGCAGAGGACAGCUUCACCAAGUUCACUAAGAUGGUCAACAAGACCUUGGGACCGUUGAUGUUGGGUAGCCAGACCCCAGGGAACAGUCAGGAGGAGAACAGGCGUGGCAUCUUUCCAGAUAGGAACAACGACACAGACAGCAUCAGCGCCUAUGAGGAUGCCUGCACUGACACGCCCGAGCUGGAUGAGGGAGACGGGCCAAGGCUGCCCCAUGAUGAAGGAUCCCCGGUGGAUGAUAAUGAGGGAGAGCCAUCGAAUGGCAACGAUCCCAAGAACCCCAAAAACACCAAUGAUUCUUGCAUUCUGUCAUAAGAGCUGCAGAACUGUUGUGGUACGAAAGGUCAAAUGUGCUCUCACUCUGUCUGCCCUCUUGAUAAUAUAAUAUAUGCCAUUUAGCUUUUAUCCAAAGCAACUUACUCAUGCGUGCAUACCUUUUUUUACAUCUUGAAAAAGGGUUAAAAAAAAUCUGUUCUUGGAUCAGUGCGCUCAUACAAUCCAUCGACACUUUUUUUUAAUAUAUAUAUAUAUUUUUUUUUAAAUGUACCUUUAUUUAUACAGGUUUUUCUCAUUGAGAUAACAU